AUGCCGUCUUUGCGCAUUGUUGAAUUCCAGUCGUGCCAUGCGGCUGCCGACGUGGCCUGCUUACCUUCGGCUCCACAUCAAAAUCUGGAAUGUGAUGCACGCCACUCCUAUUGGAAAGCCUACGACAGUUCAAGCGUCGAGUUCUACUAUGUCCACUGUGUGCUCUACAGCAGGGUGAGAGCAGGGACGGCGAAUUUCGCGCGAUUUAGUUUAUAGUGACAACAGACUUGCACAGCAUCUGCCUCAUUCCCUCCACACCUGGGCCCGGUGUCAAGACCGGAGGUAAAAAAGGGCUGAUAUGCCCCCCCCCAGGCGUGCCGCCACACUUAGCUUGUAUCCCACCCAGUGGGAGUGUCAUAUAGACCGCACUAAGGAGCCGUAGCAGCCUGUAUCGCCCGAAUAUCGCUGAAUUAUUUGGCAGUUUGGGGGAAAUAUUUUUUUGCCCAUCAGGCAACCGGCAGUUUGACCGUCGAUUUCGCCGAUGUCCACCAUGUGCUCUACAGCAGGGUGAGAGCAGAGACAGUGACUUUCGCCCGGCGUGUGCCGGGCUGAUGACGGCUAAUAAUGCAGAAACGCGCAUGUCCGUCUUUGUACGUCAUGGAAUAUCAGUCGCCAUGUGACUGCUGAUUCCACGUCAAAUUUAAAAUGCAACGCACGUCACUUUCGUGGGAACGCCUAUAUCGCCUGCUGCAUUAUUUGGCAGUCUAGGUGAAAUCUUUUUUUGCCUAGCUAGCCGUCUAUUGGCGCGCAUUUUUAGUAACAUUCUCUACGCGCAGAUCGAGGCAGUUAGCGAGGAGGAAUGUCCAACCGCAGUUCCGUCCUCAGAUCGAGAAGACCGCGAAAUCGAUGUGCUGGGCUGAAUCUACCCGGCGUUCGUUGUUUUCUCCUGGCUACGCGGUUGUCUUUAGCCCGAGGAGAAAGUGGGUGACUCCACGUUUACUCUGACCUGUGACUGUCGGGAACAAAUAACUUGGAAGGUACCAACACUAUUGCGCCUGUAGCGGGCUCCUUAUGCUGCCGGUGUCUGCCUCCCUGGUGCUUUUCGGUGCCCCGUCGGACGGCAGCCGGAGCUGCCCUUUUUCCUGAUCAUGCGUGUUGGACUAACAAGUUCCUUCGUUGUUUCGUUUUUCAGGGCUCGACUCCUCUGCACAUUGCAGUUGCCUUCUCCCAGCGACUUUUCAUCCGCUGUCUGCUGGAAGUACACCGUGAGUCUCGCCAUCUUCCAUUCCGCCAAUUAACAACCUUAAACUGUUUUCGUCCCUUUACCAUUGGAUUUGGCUUUCGACUGAAAAUUGUUUUCUGCGAUGCGGCAGUCCCAUGUUGAGGACUGCAGUCCUUGGCUAACCAUUGCGGUAGAACAACCCUCCAGCCAAAAGCCGUGGCUCGGAAGGGUGUCAACUGACACUUCAACUCAGACCAUUCAGUCAGCCCAGCUGUGUGUUGAGUUGCCGACUGGCGGUCUGAGAGUCGGACUGCAAUAACUCCUUAAUGGCACUCUCUCAAACACACAAGAUUCGAUCCGUCUCCCCUUGUGUGUGCGUUUGUGGGGGGCCAGGUCGUGCGUGUGGAGCGGGGACAGUCUCUCUAGCUCUGUCUGCCACUGCGCCCACUUCCCGCAUCAGAAAACCCACCGGCUCGGACAGUGAACUGUCGCGUGGAAAGAGAGAGUAAGAUCUGUGGUCUCAGCGCUUAUUCCUAACUGUAAACAAGCUGACGGGGUUGAGUCUACCACGGUGGGCCAAAAGCCAUGGCCUAAAAGGUUGCCGACUGGUGAACUGAGAUUCAGGUCGCAAUGGCUCCCUCCUAGUGUGACCUCUAUGACACUUCCAUCCCCGGUCUUCUUGACUCUGUCUUGAUCCCGGGUCUAGGUGUGGGAGGAGUGUGCGAUAGAUACUGCCCAAGUGUGCCCGCUAAAGUCACCGUCUCCAACCCCACCUCGCUCUGUAUCACACGAUGGACAUCGUCGGUGACGACGCUCGAACUGCCAUUUGGAUGGACAUGGAACUGUCCUCCUUUGGCAAUCGAAGUCUUCAGUGUGUUUUUCAAAGGCUGUCGUGCUAACGGUGUUGUUCCGUCAUACUCGGGUCGUGUGUUCUUUCUUUUUUCUUAGCCUCGAGGACCUUUGCUCCAGCUUUCCCGUCAGACCAUCUUGUAUGUAAACCUAGUGAAAAUUUCUAAGUCCGAGCAGUGCAUUCAGCUUACCAUUGACUGCAAGAUUCAAUGUCGCGCACUUGUUUAUCCCACAGCCUGCUACACGCGGGCCCUGUGGUGCGGAUAAUUAUGCAUGAAGCACUGAGAGCGCAUGUUACAGGUGCAAUCUUCACCCUCCUGAUAUUUUUCCGGAAGCCCCAGGGCACGUGGAAGGGAGUUUUUCGGGUCCUCUCUGCAUGCCUUGCCGCCACCUGACAUUUUGGUCGCCCUUUCCAGCGCCGUGCUUCACUGCAUGGUAGGAGCGGCCGCCGGAGUGAGUGGGUUUUAGCAGUAGAUGGAGACGAGGGUGGUUGUUUAUUUAAUUCUUUCGACCGUGAGUAGUGCAUAUGAGGGCCACGGUCAGAGUGGGCAGCUUUUAUAGCCCUCCCUCCCGCUCCCGGGGGUGGCAAGCAGUACUGUUCCCAAAUAAGACUGCUUAGACGUCCCAGACGGCUGCCGAACUCCGCUACUGGUCACGGGUUGAUUAAGUGGGUGCGCGACCCGAGUGAGCCUAGGCUGCCUACGGGAUUGCAUGCCGCUCUCUCUCUCCCCCCCCCCCCUCUAUAAUUUUUUUAAGCUGGGAGUGAAAGAGUGGGAAGAGGUGCUGAAUUGCCGGAUGUUGGGACACCCAUAGCACUGAACACCCUUACCUUGUUUAGCUGGCCGGUCGAGGCGGUUACUGAGCUGUUGAUACUAGGCUUGGCAUCGGGGAGCCACAGAUGAGAGUUUAUUGUCCGCUAGGGACCGUUUGCAUGACGCGACCUGCCACGCCUGCACGACACCCUCGAAUUUGGCACUCCUACAUCCUCCCAUUCCUAAAAGUGACAUUCCACUAUCCGUCAACCAGGCUUCUGCCGCACUUCAGCUGCCAUGCAAGGUCCCUAGGCGACAUGGGUACUUUUGCAGAUGCUAAUUUCUCUUAACUGAAAUGCAUGCUAGUUUCGGCCCAGCCUAUUGUGGACAUUGUGUCUACUAGAGCAGUUAUGGAGCCGUGUCCUCCCAUUCACUAAAGGUCUUUAUCUGCUCUUGGUUUACUGGUUUUCAAGAUCUAUGAGAGUCCUUCCGAUGACUGCUUAACUUACGUCCCUUGCCUCGUCAGUCUGAAUUUGUGGUUUAACUGCCUGGUAAGUGGACCAGAUAUCGUUAUUCCGGCCUGCCUUGUCAUUUUUAAUUAUGCUUCUCAGCUACUGACCGCUCGUGGGUCCCAAACCAAACCCCCAAUGUAUGUCGUCAGCAGGAGUCUGAAUAUCCAGCAUUCACCCCCCUUUUCCCAUUUCUUCCCAGAUGCCAGGAACGACGUGAUGGACUACUCCGGCCGUUUUCCUCUCCACCUUCUCUCCCCCGAACUUGCCCCAGAAUUCCAAAGUUCGUAAUCCUCACUCCCGUUGGCCGGCCAUUUUGCCCAUCUUUGUGCUCUUGUAACCUAUCCUAUGCUGACGUUUGACGUUCAACGUGCUCGCCUUGCGACCCAGACUACCGAUACGGGGCCGUUUAGCAAGGUAUAUCGCCUGUUGUAGUCGGCGUCGGUCCUCAUCAAGUGGCGGCUCCAGUGAUAAGUAAGGCUUGUUCGUCCGUCCACUCCUAAGUGGACGUUGUUGCUAAUCGAAAAGCCCACUAAGGUGUUGUUUGCUGUAGACGAUGAUCUUUUCGGGUGGUGGUCUAGGUCUGCGUGGGGUUGUGUCUGAGGCUGAAGCUAUGUACGCGACCCUUCUGGGCACUGCACGUAGACUGCCACCUCGAAAACUGCGUUGAUUCACAAAAGUGUAUGAAAUGAUGUGCGCUUUCUGUUGUUAGGUCAUAUUUUAUGCAUUCAGUUCUCGGACUUCUGAGGUCCAAAUGCUCUGGCCAGUCGAUUCCGGCAAUUGGGCGUCUGGGUUCAGUUUCUGCACUUCACCUGCAGACUUGCCCUAAGACAACUGGGGGGAGGGAGUGGUGGUUGAGUUAACAAAUUUAGUUUUGAGCUCGCUGCAGAAAAGAGUAGUAAGCACGACGACUUUUUGUACCUCCAGGGUCGCAGGAUCGAGCCCCAGGUGUUCCAUGUCUCAGGGUUGUGUAUAACUGGCUGACUACGGCCAAUUAGUCAGAAACAACCAAACCAGUCUCCCUUAUCUUCGUCGGUAAUGUUGCUCUGCCUGCGGUAAAAUUCUGCUGGUUUGACCACGUCACAGCCCCUCUAUUCACCAGUAGAUACGCCACACACGUACACGUCCAGCGUCAUCCACUCUGGGAAUAGAAUCGGCGCCUCAUGUGUUGGAGCCGCUACGCAGGUUGAUUGGCGCAAGGUUUUUCCACAACUCAGGAAAAUCGGCAGCCUUUCUAAACCACUUAGUACGCACGCACUGACCUUCUGGGGGUUGCGCGCCGGCCUUGUGACGUUUGUGCUCUGAUUUUGCCAGUUAUCGUCUAUCAACUGGUGCCCGCUUUCUCCUUCCUCUUCAGCUCUUCUUUCUUCGGGCCGCCUCGCACGCAUUCGCGAUAAUUGUAAGUAAACUUUCUUGUGUACUUUUGUCUUCGUGUACUCUUUUUACACAGCACUUACAAGGACCUUCUGUUUAUUUUGUACUCUUAUUGGUAGGAAGGAUACCCUGCUCACGUUGACUGUGUGGGCACUUUGUCCAACACACUGUAUAAGGGCCACCGCUGUCUGUGGAGGCAACUGGGCUUUGCGCGUUAAUUGGACUCAUAAGGAGGGCUUGCGUAGCAUUCACCUAGUCCACCCUUUUAGCGCCUACCCUCUGUCAAUGUCAAGAGGGAGGCGUCAAGGCAGUUAUUGAGACAAGCAAAUUGGCGGCUACACGUGCCACACACGCCCACGCGGUGUUCUGGCGGCACGGAGGUGGCGUAGGGGCGGUGGCUGCUGAAGUUAAGUCAGUAUGUACGAACCAGACCAUAAACUAUGCUACUACGUUGAUUAAUUUCCGGAAACAGUCUUGUUAGCCCCGUCUCGCAGGGCAUUGCCAUAUGGACCUCCCCUCGUACUACAGGUAACCUUGUCUCAGAUUCUGGAGGUUCCUGGCCAAGACGUAGGAAUAGGCACCUCUUGGAAUUUAGCGCAUGGCCACGGGUAGUAUGGGGGUCCUUAUUUCUUGCGUCCAACUUCCGUUUUACAUAAUAUCGUCAAAUGUUGUCUGGCCGUGAGUUUUGCAGAUGUGUUCCUUUCUACCUUCAUUUGACGUUGAAGGAACCGUGUUCCGAGGGAAAAACCAGAUCAUAAUACGAGAACUAUAUUAUCUACAGUUUUAGGCGGUCUCUCGCCUCCUAUUUUUAUUUGUUCUCAACAUAACUGGAUCGUUAUCCGCUUCUUUAUUUGUUUUUCUCCUUUUUAGUAAGCAUCUUACUACCAAAGCGCCAAUCGACCAGUCGGAAUUCCAUCAUCUCUGCCACGAGCACCAUUCAUCGACUGGCCGGCAAGGUUACCUCCAAGCACAAUCAGGGCAUCGGCCGGCACUCAGCCACCCAUCUCCUCCUCUCCUCCCUCCCCUCCGCCAACGGCAGCUGUCAGCCAAUGCAAGAUGUUAUUCAGCGUCUGCGUCACGGCCUGCCCCUUCAGCCGGUUGCUCCCGCCGGCGAUGAAAAUGUGCGACCGGCUACUGCUUCGCACAAGUCCAAGGCCUCCACUCUCCGCGCCAGGCCCCGCCGUCUCUCCCACACCAGUUCCCUGCGGUCCCUCACCAAUGGCUGGUCGGCGGCGAUGCGGCAAUCCCAGCAACCACCACCACCCCCGCCGCCGCAGGGUUCCAGGCCGUUAACAUUCCCCCGCACCGCCUCGAUGGGUCCUGAGACCGCCACAAACGAUGUUCGCCGUCACACUCUCCUGUUGGACCCUACUUCCAGUCAUUCUGCACUCUACAAGAGGGCUGCCUUAUCUGAUGCAGCCCCCGCGGAAUCCUCCAAAGCCAAGUUUGCAGUGCCUCGGAAGGCGAGUGUCUUUCGACGUAAGAACAAGAAGAACUCCGCUGUGACUGGCAGUGGUCCCGCGUUGGAAUCUCUUCUACCACCAGUGCCGAAGUCGGAUGGCAGACGAGCUCGCUCAACCUGUCUCCUCUCACGCCAGUCCUCGAUCUCGACCUCUUCCGACCUGGCGGUGAGUGCUCCUGUCACGUCGUCAGCUUUACCUGCUAGUUUAGCAAACAGGCCUUGUCAAUAGAAGCGAAGAGACGAGUCCCGGGAAGUAGUCUUGAAGAAGGCGACACGAUCGCUGGGGCAAGAGCUUUAUUAGCCUGACGUUUCGGAUUCCUGCUCGAAUCCAUCAUCAGAGACAAAAGCAAAUACGGGUUGUUCGUGCACAAUGGGUUGCAGUAUUUAUAGGAUGCAGUCGCCGUGCUACCGCUUACCUAUGAACAUUCACGGCUCCCCCUUCAUCAGGGAUCGUUGCGCGUGGUGUGAUGGCUGUUUGGUGGCCAAAAUUCCCACAAGAGGUGACGACCGCGUGAGCCUGGGGCUACUUGAGUCAUGGUUUACUGGCCCCCAGUCCAUUAACAAGUACAAUGACCUUCCUCUUCCAUACUCGGUGCUGAGACUUCGCCUAAGCGGAGUAAUUAGCCACGCAGGGAGCUCACAAGUGAACACUUCCCAACCCCAAGGUCGGUGGGUCAGCUGGUCGAACAAUCAUCACAUCAACAUCCAACUCACGUAAUGAAAUUGCAGCAGUUAACGACGCGAAUGUAAACCGUCAAAAAGUCAUCACACCACGUGCAACGAUCCCUGAUGAAGGUGGGGAGCCGCUAAUAUUCACAGGUAUGCGGUAGCAUGGCGACUGCAGCCCCUUGUACAUGAAUCACCCCUAUCUGCUUUUUUCUGAUGAAGGGUUCGAACAGCAAUCCGAAACGUCAGGCUAAUAAAGCUCUUGUCCGAGCGAUUGUGUCUCCUUCAAACAGGCUUUACAGGAUGACUUUAGAUAUGAAGCUAAAGUUGGGAGUUGAUGCUGCCGGCUCCGCCCGGCGGUUGUGUGUAACAGCACCCAUUGUCGUUUUCCUCCAAAACAGUCUGCACUACUGUGUUAAGCCUAAUGUCGGCUUUUGGUUAUAACCCAUCUCUACUCGUGGCGGUGAUUCAGAUGAGCGUUGUUGUUGACAAGAGGGAUAUUACUCGUCUCAUGGAGUCCGACGAGAGUGCGCAGAUCAUAUUUCUUCGGCUGUUUGGACAUGCGGCUGGACCGUGACUGCUUGAACAACAGAUGUGGUAGUACGCCUACGUGUCGCUUUUUGGCCGUACCGGCUACUUUUGAUCUCUCCAGCCUCCCGUCCGCAUGACCCUGCCUUGGCACCGGGUUCAGGUAGGAGAGGGGGAGAGAGUGCUGUGGAUAAAGCGCAAGUCAUUGUCUCUGUUGUUACCCUUCUGUGAAACACACGGUGGACGUCUUAGGCAACGUUGCUCGAACUGUCAAUUAUUGGCUAGUCGCCCACUCUAUGGUUGUAAUGCAGCUGGUUUUCGCAAGUUGUGCAACUCUGCACACAGUCUUCUUUGGGGGAUUUUUGACGUCGGAGCCACGUUGACGUCUCCUCUUGUCAAAAAUAACUCUUCUGGCUAUAGCUAGUCGAGCUCGUUAAGCCGUUCGUAGUCUGACAAUCCUUACUGCGCCGAAGCAGGCUGAGCUUCGCUUUGUGCUCUCCGAUGCCCUACCCGUUUUCGUGCUGUGCCGCAUAUCGCCAAUCCAACUUGUCGGCAUGAUUGCUGCUCAAACCGUUGUAUUUUUUGUCCCUCUGCAUACUCAGAAGUCCCCCUCCUCGGAUUCCUCCUUCUCGGGCUUUGGCUCCUCGGUGGAACCACCGGAUCUCCUGACGGGCUGUUUGGAGGCCGUUGCCAACAGGCCACAGCUCAGUUUAUUUGCCGUCCCGCGGUCCACACCGCCUUCCGAGCGCGCGUAA